AUGGCGCCCUCUACGACGAGGUCCGGCAUUGCGACAGACGAGGCCAGCGGAGAGCGUCACAUCCCCGAGUCAAUCCGAGCCGACGGCAGCAAGCGCAAGGCCAUCAAGAUCCGUCCCGGCUACCAGCCUCCCGAAGAUGUCGAAGUCUACAAGAACCGAACCGCCGAAGCCUUUCGAGAGCGCGGCAAGCGGAUAGGCAUACCUGGCGCUGCGGCGCAAGAUGAAAAGCCGGACCAGGGCUCUGCCGCAAGCAACAAGAACGCGAAGCGACGAGAGGCUCGGAAAAAGGCCAAGGCCUCGGGUGGCGACGGCGAAGGCGAGACCAAGGCUGAUGCCACUGCCGCUGCAACGUCCACGGACCAACAGCCCAAGGCGGAAGAGGUUGACCCAGAGGUCGAGCGCGAGAAGAAAGCCAGAAGCCUUAAGAAGAAGCUCAAACAGGCCAAAGAACUCAAGAUGAAGAAGGAUGGUGGUGAGGGCCUGCUGCCCGAACAGAUCGCAAAGGUCAUCAAGAUCAACGAGCUCAUUCGCGAAUUGGACGCCCUUGGAUUUGAUGCCGACGGCGAACCGAAGGAUGCUACGAAAGACGGCGCAGUGGAGAGUGGCGAGACCAAGAAAUGA